GCCCUUUUUGGCAGAUGGCCCUUGAUUUAUUAGUGAUUAGUUAAGUGCUGGGAAAGAUGCCCACGAAACCGUCACCGUCAUUUAGUUGGCCGCUCGCCAUAUUUCCGCGUGUGCCGCCGCCGCGCACCGACGUCAAUGCCAAGAUCGCUGGCUAUCGGAAGAAAGGGAAGACAGUGCGAAAAGAGUAUUCGAGUAUUACCAAAAAUCAGUAUUCAAUAUGUUCGACGAGCAAACGGAACUCGAGUCGCUGCGUGAGAUCUAUUAUCUAACGAAUGGUGCUUCGGGCAGUUGGCGCAAGUUGCUUGCCUUUGGCGUUUCGCUGGAGCAGCAGCUGAAGCGGAAGCUGCUCUGGAUAUGGCCCACAGCGGUGGACUUGGAGAAUUACAAUCACUUUCUGGCCAAGCACAACAUCCAGCGCAUUCUGAGCAUUGGCUGCGGCAGUGGGCUCCUGGAAUGGCUGAUGGCUGCAGCUGCUGGCGAGCAUAAAAUCUCCAUGCAUGGCUUGGAAGUCGAUCGCAAUUGGUGGCAGAGCAAGUAUUCCGUGCGCAGCUUCAUUCCUCUGAACUAUGUGGAAGAUGCAGCCAAUCCAAGCCAACUGGACUCGGGUUUCUUGAGCAACUGCUGCAACGAUUCUCCACCAUGUGCGAUGUUAUUUUGUUACUUUAACAAUCGUCGGGCUUUCCUUGACUACCUGCGAAUAUAUCGUGGCAAGUGGCUGAUAUUAAUAGGGCCAAAGCCAGCCGUUGGCAUACAUACAGAUCCGAAUCCCAUUCAGCCGCAGCUUCCCACCGAUGUGUGGAUUCUGCGGGAACGCCUCGACUGGACUGACCGGAAUGUCGUGGCGUUCUAUGAAAAAAUAGCCUAAUCUAGUUUAUAGUAACUUUAAUUGUAAACAAAAUAAAACACCGCCCUUUAAUACUCUA